AUGGCUCGAAUCGCCCCACCAGAGCCGUUGCCUCGAGUAACUGCCCGACCGGAAUUCGUAGGGAUCGACCAAAGGCUGGCCGCUAAGGUGGCCAGCAUGAGGCAGAGGGAAUCUUCCCGACGGCAACGAUUUUUCGAUGCGAAGGUCCGCACUAUUGGAGUCGACAGGCCUUGCUUAGAUGGUCAAGUCAUCGAGAAGAUGGCCAGACUGCGGGCUGAACGUGAUAGGGAGGAAGCAGUGGAGAGGGAGGUUAUGAAGGCCCAUGAGGAUCUUACUAGAGGGGAGAUGGAGCGUCAUAAUGCCCGACGCGUAACACAGGCGGAGAUGAGAGCCUAUCUGGGCAAGCAGGUCAGUGAACGGCUACACAGGGAGGCGGCAAGGAAAGACCCACCGGUGCCGGAGUAUGGUCCAUCGUCGGUGCAAGUCUUGGCUGGCGAGGAUGAUGGUAAGGCACUACGUGAUAGAGAGCAACAGAGGCAACAACGUGAUGCACUUGAACAACAGAUGUUUGAAAAUGCUAUUCGAAAUAAUAAGAUCUCCGAGAUUGAGUCGCGGCCUUCGAAGGCCUAUGGUGACCUGGCUGGACCUAAGGAAGAGAUAGCGGCUAGGGCUAGACGCAUGGCGAGAGAGACUUUCGAGGCCAAUCAGAGGCUGGCUGCAGAGGCAGCAUUGAGGCGUCUAGCCGAACGCAAUGCAGAGGAGGCUGCGGGCAAGGCCAUGCUAGAGUACAUGUCAGACGAGCAACGCUUCAUUAAUGAGCCUCCCACGGAGAGGUUAGAUGCAGGACGACGCUACAGGAAGGAUGGUUACCGUGGGGCCCCACCCGACGCUGAAGAGAAGCUGAAAGAGUUCCGGGAUGGACAGGUGGAGGCGGCCAGGAGGCAGUUGAAGGCAGAGGAAACGGCAGCCUCUAUGGAGGCGGCAAGGAGGGAGAGGGAGCGUUGGAAUGCUGUUAGGGAUAUGGCAAGGCAGUAUCGUACGAGGAGUAUCGCGUUGAAGGGACUUGCUGGUGAGAACGUAAAGGCAGCAGCAGAGGUGAAGGAGGCGCCUCCACUGGUGACGGUGAAGGGCGAGGUUAAUGAUGAAUUCUUCGAGCAGUUCGGGAAUGUUGUCCUUGCCUCUAUGUUGGGUAAAAGGGAGAGGAGUCGUAGUCGUGAUGCUACCGUAGGUCGAUGCGCCAACUGUGGUGGCCGAGGCCAUGAGGCUUCCCUAUGUCCUUCUCCUAUUAUGGACGAGCCAGAAGGGACAGUAUCAGAGGUGCAUCCUACCACACCAGACGGAGAAGUGGAGGGGCCGGCUAGUGAGUAUCGGCAACCUUUUAAUGGUAAAUGCGCCAACUGCUUCCGGUUCGGCCAUCGGGCUCGGGAAUGCCCUAACCUCACCACUUGUGCUAAGUGCUUUCAAGCGGCAGCAUGCCCAAACGCUAUUAUGUGUGAUAAGUGUGGUAAGCCUGGUCACCCUGCGGUGUGGUGUGGAGUCAUCUGUCGUAAUUGUGGCCAAGAAGGGCACAUGAUCCGACAAUGCCCAAUGCCUCAAGUCUGUCGGAACUGUGGGCAGCCUGGACACAAGGCAGGGGAGUGCCCCAACCCACCUUCGCGUUAUGAGACCAAGGAGGCGGAUCCCAAUGAGAACCCAAUGACCAGCGGUCGUCAUGGUCCUGUCCAGUGCCUCCAGUGUCUACAGUAUGGACAUAUUGCCCGUGAUUGCCCCAACCCGAGAGUAUGCCAUAGAUGUAGAUGCGGCGUUGCUGGUCACGAGAGCCGACAGUGUCCCCAUCCAGUAUUGGCCUCCCAGAUCCUCCCAAACAGGGGUAUACUUCCUGAGAAAAAUCCUAUCCCAGGCGCUGAUUCGACUGAGGGAGGUGUUGUGAGCAGCAGUCGUAGUGUCAAUAGUAACAUACAAUGCCUCCAAUGCCUCCAAUACGGCCACAUAUCCAAGGACUGCCCAAAUGCUCGAGCUUGCUAUAGAUGUGGUCAGCCUGGUCACGAGAGCCGACAGUGUCCCUUGGUCAACUACCAGGUGAGCCUUGAGGCCCCACUCUAG